CCAAAUAGAACACACUUAGAACACCUCCAGCCAGAAGUUGCUUGUAAUCCACUGCCCGGGGACUGAAAGACAAAUUGUUUUUUUGACGUGAAUUCGUCGAAUUUAUUACUUAUUCCGUUAAGAAACAAAACAGCACCAUGCCGGACUAUUUGGGAAGUGACAUGCGUAAAACCAAAGAUGAAGACAAGGAAGAAAAGGAAAUCAAAUCUUUGGACGAGGCGGAUAUUGCUCUUCUGAAGAGCUAUGGCCAAGGACAAUAUACAAAAAGUAUCAAGGGAGUUGAUGAUGAUAUCCAGACAAUUAUCAAGAGAGUCAAUGAGCUUACUGGAAUCAAAGAAUCUGAUACAGGUCUUGCUCACCCAGCACUCUGGGAUCUUGCUGCUGAUAAGCAGACUCUCCAAAAUGAACAGCCACUGCAGGUUGCAAGAUGUACUAAAAUCAUUAAUGCUGAUUCUGAUGAUCCCAAGUACAUUAUUAAUGUGAAGCAGUUUGCCAAGUUUGUGGUUGACUUGGCAGACUCAGUGGCUCCUACAGACAUUGAAGAAGGCAUGCGUGUCGGAGUUGACCGCAACAAGUAUCAGAUCCAUAUUCCUCUUCCUCCCAAAAUUGAUCCCACUGUGACAAUGAUGCAAGUAGAAGAGAAACCAGAUGUCACAUAUAGCGAUGUUGGAGGAUGCAAAGAGCAGAUUGAAAAGCUUCGUGAGGUUGUUGAAACUCCCCUUCUUCAACCUGAGAAGUUCGUAAAUCUUGGAAUUGAGCCACCAAAGGGAGUGCUGUUGUUUGGCCCCCCUGGAACUGGUAAAACUUUGUGUGCCAGAGCUGUGGCCAACCGUACUGAUGCUUGCUUCAUUAGAGUAAUUGGUUCUGAAUUAGUCCAGAAGUAUGUUGGAGAGGGUGCAAGAAUGGUGCGGGAGCUCUUUGAAAUGGCUCGGAGUAAGAAAGCUUGUCUCAUUUUCUUUGAUGAAAUUGAUGCCAUUGGUGGUGCUAGAUUUGACGAUGGAGCUGGUGGUGACAAUGAAGUUCAACGUACUAUGUUAGAGCUCAUCAACCAAUUGGAUGGUUUUGAUCCUCGUGGUAACAUUAAAGUGCUGAUGGCAACUAACCGUCCUGAUACUCUUGACCCUGCCCUUAUGCGUCCUGGACGUUUAGACCGUAAAGUAGAAUUUGGGCUUCCUGAUCUGGAUGGCCGUACUCACAUUUUUAAAAUUCAUGCUCGAUCUAUGAGUGUAGAAAGAGAUAUUCGAUUUGAGUUGUUGGCUCGUCUCUGCCCUAACAGCACAGGUGCCGAAAUUCGUUCAGUUUGUACAGAAGCUGGAAUGUUUGCUAUUCGUGCAAGAAGGAAAGUUGCAACUGAAAAAGACUUCUUGGAAGCUGUGAACAAGGUCAUCAAGUCCUAUGCUAAGUUCUCCGCAACUCCUCGUUACAUGACCUACAAUUAGAGAGAAAUUUAAGUGUACAUUUUGAUAGAAUGCAAAACUUUUGUGUGAAAUUAUUAAUUUAAUAAAUAUAAAAUUUUCUAUCCCAUUA